AUGAUGCGGAAAAAUUAUAUUAUUUUAGUCACUUUGUUUAUAUUGAAUUUUUAAUUAGCUGCUAAUUAAGUGUGUAAGCAAAGAUAGGCAAGAUUAUACUCAAUCCUUAGGGGAAAAUAUUAUAAUGUACUAAAUUAGAAUAGAGGAGGCAUAAUCUCAUCUAAAUUAUCAAAUAGCUUUGCAGGGGGUAUUUAAGGCAGUUGUAUACGUGAUAAUACUAACUAUAUUAAUGGAAGUUUUGGAUAUACAGCAUGUGGGAUAGGAUUAUCAAUUAUCUUUGAUUUAGUGUAAUAAUAUUAAUUAAACACUCUAAAAAUAUGGUUGUGGGAUUAAGACGAUAGAUUUUAUAGAAUAAAAGUUUAUUUAAUAUACAAUGAUUUAAAAACAUAAAUAUAUGAAAGUAAUUUUGCUUAAUAAGCAAUCACAAUUACGUUCUCUGACUAAUAAGUUUAACAAUUUUAAAUAUACAAUGUCAAUGGUAAUACUUAUAAUGUCGGGCUUCACAAUAUAAAAUUAGAAGCUUACUAUAAGAUCCAAACAAUACUGUGA